CAAAAAAAUAAUAAAAGCCCCCAACUUCGCAAAUUUUGCAUCACGUAUCCCCCCACACAUCACCCUCUACCUACUUUGCACCUCUCACCCUUCUCUCUAUAGGAAAUAGCAAGCGUGUUUUCCCAGCUAUAGUAAUCUAUCAAACAAAACCUCUGCUACACUCUAGCAUCCUACACCCCCACUUUUUCUAGUAAUAAUAGUACUACAUUAUCUAGUGUGAGAGAGAGAGAGAGUUCAUAGUUCAAUGCUCAGUUCUUCUUCGGCUUCGUUUUUGAGGCAGUUAAGUGCAAAAAAGGAGGGUUGGAAAGAGAGAUACUAUAAUAGUGGUAGUGGUGGCUGGGGAAUGAGCUUUGGAGGGUGUGAGGCAAGUGUGAAACUAAUGGAAGGGUUUAACAUGCAGGGGAAUGUGGGGAGGAAGAGGGUGAUGGUGGUGGUUGAUGACACCUCACAUUCCAAGCAUGCAAUGUUGUGGGCACUCACUCAUGUUGCCAACAAGGGUGAUUCCUUGACUCUUCUUCACGUUGUGCCUCCUCACAGGGGUCCUGAAUCUUCUUGCUCCACUUAUCUUGUCAAUUAUCUUGGGUCACUUUGCAAAGAUUGCAAGCCUGGGGUGGAAGUGGAAGCGCUCUUAAUCCAAGGACCAAAACUGGCCACUGUAAUGAGCCAAGUAAAGAAGCUGGAGGUCUCUGUCCUGGUACUGGGCCAAAAGAAGCCAUCUUCUCUUUUAAGCUGUCUUUGUGGAAGCAGCGGAAGCAGUAGUACAGAGGAGUUUGUGGAGCAUUGCAUCAAUAAAGCAGAGUGCUUGACAAUUGGAGUGAGGAAGAGAAGCCAGGGCACGAAUGGAUACCUUGUCAGCACUAGAUGGCAGAAGAACUUCUGGCUUUUGGCUUAGAUUGAAAGUUUAGUUGCUGCUAGUUCAGAUCUUAGAGGGGAUAAAUGGGGAAAUGGUAAAAUUAACCUUAGUAUUUGCAACAUCAUCUAUAAUCUGAGUAAAAAUAAUCAUCUAUAUCACCCUGUAACUAGUUCUAACUAUAUCGUGUACUAAUGUCACUAUGAGUAAAAAUAAUCAAAUUGUCCAUGCUUGUGAACA